GUAAAUGUAUCGGGUGGCGGUGAUGUGCGGGCAGGGGGCGGACUGCUGCCGGCCGGCCCGGACUCUCCCCCUGCCACUCCUCUGGACGGCUCAGUCCGCGAUGGAGCCCGGGACAUGAGAGCACACACACGGGACUCGCUCUCUUCACGCGUGGGGUACUGAUGUGGAAGUGUGGGAGAAGCGUGCAUGGCUCGAGAGACGCUCAAAGACACCUUUAGAGAGCAAGAAUGAAAAUAAGAUGUUCCCACUACACACAUAGAUUGAGACACAGGUGCUUCCUGUUUUCUCUGUCUCUGCUGGCGGUCUGUCUGCUCAAGCUGGUCUACAUCAAAGUGACGGUGAGGGAUAGCGUCUACAUCCAGCCCUAUGGAAUCACUGUCAGCUUCUCCAGCACCCACAACCACAGGUAUGACAUCAACUGCACGGCAAUCUACGAGCUGGACCCUGUGGAGAUCGGCAAAGCUCUCCAGAUCAAACGGAAAGCCAUUGUUGACGUGGACGAUGACAGCACCGUGAGUCUGACCUCGGACUGCCAAACCUUUCUCAAAGCACGGGGUUACAAUGAGGCUCCGGUGUCUGCUGCAGAGCGCAGCUUCCCAUUGGCUUACUCCCUGGUGGUGCAUAAGAACGCCCCCAUGGUGGAGCGAAUCCUUCACGCUAUCUAUGCACCGCACAACAUCUACUGCAUCCACUAUGACCAGAAGUCCUCUCCAGCAUUCAUAAAGGCCAUCACCAACCUGGCUCAGUGCACUCCAAAUGUGUUCAUCGCCUCUAAACUGGAGUCUGUGGAAUAUGCCCACAUCAGCAGGCUGAAUGCCGACCUGAACUGCCUCUCUGACCUGCUGAGGUCAGAGGUCAACUGGAAGUAUGUCAUCAACCUGUGUGGCCAGGACUUUCCUCUCAAGUCCAACUUUGAGCUGAUGCUGGAGCUGAAGCAGCUGAACGGCAGCAACAUGCUGGAGUCCAGCCGGCCCAGCGGACUCAAGAAGCAGCGCUUCAGCUUCCAGCACCAGCUGAAGAACGUGCCUUUUGAGUACCGGCGUAUACCGGUCAAAACCACGGUGCUCAAAGAUGCUCCUCCUCACGACAUCGAGAUGUUCAUCGGCAGCGCUUACUUUGUCCUGUCACGGGAUUUUGUAAAUUACAUCAGCAGCAGCCAGGUGGCAAAGGACUUCCUGGCAUGGUCAGCUGACACAUACUCACCAGAUGAACACUUCUGGGCCACCCUGGUCAGGGUCCCCGGGGUCCCGGGGCACAUUCCCAGGUCCGAGGCUGACGUUACGGAUCUGAGGAGCAAAACACGACUAGUCAAGUGGAACUAUUUAGAAGGAAAUCUUUACCCAGCAUGCACAGGUACACACAUGCGCAGCGUUUGCAUCUACGGAGCGGCUGAACUUCGCUGGCUCCUCAACUAUGGCCACUGGUUUGCUAACAAAUUUGACCCCAAAGUGGACCCGAUCCUGAUUAAGUGUUUAGAGGAGAAGCUGAUGGAAAAACGUCAAAACGUGCAAACAUGACACUGAUGCGAACAGGAAACGUGACGACGAGCGCCAGUGUUUAUUCUGUUGUUAGGCAAAGGUGCAAAAUGACAUCAGAGUUCACCGACUCAGUCAUUGGACCCAAGCACAGCUCUGAGAUGCAGGCACUUGGCUUGAGUAUAUUUUCGUUUUGUUAAUUAGAAAACAUUGAACUUGUUAGGAUACAACAUGUGUCUGAUGGCUUCUAAUUACUUUGCAGAUUACGAUUUCUCCAGCAAACACAAUGAGGUCAUAAAAUGUCUGAACCACCUGCAGCAGUAAUGUACAGUGGGAAAGAGAUUGUUCUUUUACUUUUAUUUAAAAGGUUACUUUAUAUUUGACUAAUAUUUCUCAGUAUUGCUGCACCUGCUCAGCAGUAAACAGCUUUUCCACAUUAUGUCAGUCUAACGUCUAACUACACGAGGCAUUUUGUCUGAAACAGAAGGAAACGAAAAAGUGCCUUUGUCUAAAAGAAUACUGGAUUGUUUCAGGAAAUGCCAUCUUAAAAUCAAGUGCCACUGGACAUCCCAUCUGAACACAGGCUCCAUGUUGUUUUAAAUACCAAAGAGCCAUGUUGUUCUCGUGUUUUCACUAAAUGAAAUGAUCCACAGCGUUGUCUUUUAGUUGUUUUUGACAUGAAGAUAUAAAGUGAUUUGAAAAAGUUUA